AUGUCUAUCCACAGCCAGCGAGGACAGCAGAGACUGAACCCGGGUUUGUGUUCUUUCCUCCAGGGCGGAGAUGGGGAGCCGGGUCCCAGGGGACAGCAGGGAAUGUUCGGACAGAAAGGUGACGAAGGACCACGCGGAUUCCCUGGUCCACCCGGGCCAAUCGGUCUUCAGGGUCUGCCAGGACCACCAGGUGAAAAGGGCGAGACUGGGGACGUUGGUGCCAUGGGACCACCUGGACCUCCUGGUCCCAGAGGACCACAAGGACCCAGUGGGGCUGAUGGACCUCAAGGACCAUCUGGUGGUGUUGGUUCUCCUGGUGGUGUUGGUGAGAAGGGAGAGACAGGGGAGGCUGGUAACCCAGGACCACCUGGAGAAAGGGGGCGAUCGGGACCGAAAGGCGAUGUUGGAGACAAGGGAGAGGCAGGUCCUCCAGGGGCAGCUGGUCCGGCUGGUCCCAAAGGGCCACCAGGAGACGAUGGGCCAAAAGGCAACCCGGGACCGCAUGGAGCAGCUGGGCCUGAAGGAAGACAAGGAGAAAAAGGAGCAAAGGGUGAACCAGGAGCAGAGGGGCCUCCCGGAAAAACUGGCCCAGUCGGCCCUCAGGGACCUCCAGGAAAAUCAGGCCCCGAGGGGUUGCGAGGAAUUCCCGGGCCUGUUGGUGAACAAGGUCUCCCUGGACCACCUGGUCAAGAUGGACCCCCAGGACCAAUUGGUCCACCUGGUUUGCCUGGAUUGAAGGGGGUUCCAGGUAGUAAAGGUGAGAAGGGUCACCCAGGACUGAUUGGAUUGAUUGGACCCCCAGGAGAACAGGGUGAAAAGGGAGACAGAGGACUUCCGGGACUGCAGGGAGCUCCUGGAGUGAAAGGCGACAUUGGCAUUACUGGAUCGUCUGGACCUCUUGGCCCCCCUGGACCCCCCGGUUUACCUGGUCCACUUGGUCCAAAAGGAUCAAAAGGUUCAACAGGUCCUGCUGGGCAGAAAGGAGACACGGGUUUGGUCGGGCCUCCUGGGCCUCCUGGCCCCCCUGGUGAGGUCAUUCAGCCAUUGCCAAUCCGAACUCCGAAGAAAACACGGAGAUCUUCUGAUGGGAUCCAGGCUGAUGAAGCAGACCACAUCCUGGAUUACACCAAUGGAAUGGAGGACAUCUUUGGCUCCCUCGACACCUUGAAAAUGGAAGUUGAUCGAAUGAAGAACCCAAUGGGAACACACAACAAUCCCGGCCGCACCUGCAAGGACUUGCAGCUGUCUCAUCCAGACUUCCCAGACGGUGAAUAUUGGAUUGAUCCAAAUCAAGGUUGCCAUGGAGAUUCCUUCAAGGUGUACUGUAACUUCACCAGUGGAGGCGAGACCUGUAUCUAUCCUGACAGAAAAUCUGACGGAGUUCGAAUCUCCCCAUGGCCCAAGGAAACCCCUGGCUCCUGGUUCAGUGAGUUCAAGAGAGGCAAACUGCUUGCAUAUGUGGAUUCCCAGGGUGAGCCGAUCAACUUGGUGCAGAUGACAUUCCUGAAGCUGUUGAGUGCCUCUGCAAGGCAGAACCUCACCUAUAACUGUCAGAACUCAGUGGCCUGGUAUGAUGCAGCCUCAGACAGCUAUGACAAGGCACUUCGAUUCCUGGGCUCCAACGAUGAGGAGAUGUCACAUGAUAAUAAUCCAUACAUCAAAGCUAUCACAGAUGGUUGCAUGUUCCGGAAAGGUUUAGAAAAGACUGUACUCGAGAUUAACACUCCAAAAGUGGAUCAAGUUCCUAUCAUUGACUUGUUGGUGAGUGACUUUGGCAACAUGAACCAGAAGUUUGGAUUUGAGGUGGGUCCUGUUUGUUUCCUGGGCUAAGAGACUGAGACAAACCAAUACCUUCAUCGCACCCACUACAAGACACGUGCAAGUUUUGAUCCUGGAUGGAGUAAACACUCUCUCGCUGUGUAUGUAUGUACUAUUAUCUAGAAAUUAUUAAAUGCCCUUGUGGGGUCAGAAUCACAUGACUUAAACCUAUUAUGGGGAUCCCAGAGGAACUUACGAUGGUGUGGAGCUGCCAAAGGAAGAGCUUUUCCCCAACCUCGAGGUAGGACAUCACCCAACAGUGAGUGGCAGAAUGGUGUAACUGACUACUCAAGGUGCUCACACACAUUGCCAAGGUGCUCCGAAGGUGUAUUUUAAUGAACUGUAAUUAUUUUAUUGUAAAAUACCAUUUAUAUCUGUUUCCACUCUCAGAACUUGCAUGUGUCUCUCUGGCUGCCAUUUUUUAAAGAGCCAUAUUUAACUUUCUUUUUGGAAAAUCAGAAGCAAACUGUAAUAAUUAAAAAGAAACCAAAUAAAAUGUUAGCCUCUUGUGAAUGAGCUGUAUUCUUUCCUGCAAUGUCCUUGUGUGAACAGAUGCUGCUCUUUUAAGAUGUAACUGAGAGCUGGGCUGAGGCCAAAUGAAUAUCAUUGGAACUCUGAGCCAAUUGGAUAAUUCCUUUCCAAGGGCCACCUACACUGGUAGUGAACGGUUUGCUCCUGUAACAGUCAGCUUCGUUCAGGAUGUUGCUGAUGUCUCCUUUUACAAUGACUUGCCCGAUUGUGGAGACUAACUCUGCAGAAGGGGCAGGACACUGUGUUAUGGUGCUAUAUUUAUACGUUUUCAUUGGAUUCUGAAAUGUCCACGAUGUAAAAUGGAGUCAAAAGCACUUCCAGAAUUUAUGAAUCCGCAUUUGAUAAAGGUCAAACUUACCAGUGAACUUCAUUGAUUUUUACACUAUCUGUGUUUGGGAACACAUUCCCCUGGCUUCUAACUGUGCUCCCUCCAAAUACUCAAUCUCUCUGCUUUGCUUGUCCAACUCUUUAGUUUAAGCAGAGAAAUUGGUUCUCCAGUGAUUUGGAACAGGAGGUCCAUAGACUAUUUGAGAUGCCUUUUAUUAAAGCCAAGUACUGCCUGGAGAAGCUUGUCUGGGCUGCUGUCUCCCUUAAAACAAAAUACUUAACUCAUUGUACAUGAAAGGCCAUGCAUAGCCCAUAAUAUGUCUAGGUCAUGUGAUUCCAACUAGUUGGUAAGCAACAAGUCAGUAACAAUCCACUUGCAUCCCAAAAUUCUAUAUUCACUGUUUGUUAAAAUUGGAUUUUACAAUUCCUUCCCUGACUGUUUUCAUCUUGGAAUUUGUUUCCUGAUCUAUGUAAGACUUGAAAAGUGUUUGGUUAUCCAUUAACUUUCAGGGUUGAUUGGUAUUCAGACUCCAUCCAAUAAUCUGUGACACUUGAGAUUCAAAUGGAAAUACUGCCUUUCCUCAUUUCCAGAGCAACGUUUGUAAAUAUUGACCUGGAAAAUAGUAACAGAAUUUCAUGAAUAAAAAUCAAGUCUUGUCUACCUUUGGUAGUUCUGCUUUUUUAAGAAAGUAGUUUUUCUGGACCUUAGCAGAAACCUGUUUGAAUUAAAACUGGAGAAAUCUCAGUGCAGACAAAGUAUGGUGGGCAAUCACAGAACCUGGUCUAAUAAAUCCAGCCCUCGUGACAACUGGCGGUAAGGAGUUUACAAUGAAUCAAUAAACUUCCUCUAAAUUAGCAGUGAGAGGGAUUUCUCACCAGUACAAUCCCAGCUUUAUAAAUAAAUCAAUAAUAUCAAAGGUUUUGAUCAAAAACAUAUAAAACCUUGAGUGGAUUCCUAUUUAUAUAGAUGUAUGAAGAACACAGAUGGCAAUCUUUUUCAGUCGUCUGUUGGUGUAUAAAUUGAUUGUAGAAUGAUUUGAGUUAGAUGAGAAAAUC